AUGGUUGCUAAACCCAAAUCAAUGAAACAAUGCACACGACUCAACCUCUCUCUUGGACAGGUACUUUGUAAGUUCUUUGCUCAUGGAGCGUGUCUGAAAGGGGAGCAUUGCAAAUUUUCUCAUGACUGGAAUAACACACUACGGGCCUGUCCUAUCUACCGCAAGAUAUCUUACUUUGCCGUUCCGAGUGUUAUUUGGUAUGCUACAAUUGAAGAAAAACAGGAAAUCAUUGAUACCUACAAGGAAAACCUCAAGUCAAUCGAUUGCAAGCAUUUUGAGUUUGGGGAUGGAAACUGCCCUUUUGGAGCUAGCUGCUUCUACAAGCAUGCAUAUCGAGAUGGUCGUCUUGAGAAGGUAGCUUUGCAACGUCUUGGGGCUACAGAUGGUGACACAAUAAUUGCCAAAGACAUCAGGUUAAGAUCUUCAUCUUGUUUCUAUGUUAAGUGUUUAUUAAUUCACUAA